GGGCGCGGGGCAGCGAUCGCUGGGGCGCCCGGGGCCGGGGUGCGCCCUGCCCGCACCCUGCCCGCACCCUGCCCGGCGGGAUGGCGAGGGGGCAGCUCUCGGGGGGUGCCUGGGGGGCCCUGGUGCUGCUGGGGCUGAUGCUCCCGGCGGCACCGGCGGGCGCCUGGUACAAGCACGUCGCCAGCCCCCGGUACCACACGGUGGGACGCGCCUCGGGGCUGCUCAUGGGCGUCCGCCGCUCCCCGUACCUGUGGCGCCGGGAGCUGCCGGCCGAGCCCCCGCGACGCCCCCCGGGACCCGCCGCCGCCCCGCCGCUGCCCCCGGGCCGCCCCGACGGCGAGAGCCCCCCGCCCGCCCCGCCGCCGCCCGGCCCCGGCCCCGGCCCCGGCCGCCUCCUGCAGCGCCUGCUCCGGCGGGGCUGGGGCUGGGGCGGCCCCCGCCCGGCUCCCGCCCGGCCCCCCCCCGGGCCCCGCCAGGCUCAGCUUCUCCCCCUGGAAGACAUGGCUCUGAUCCGCUGAAGGGGCCGCUGCCAGCGCCGGAGGAGCAUCAACUGCCCGAGGUGGAAACUGCUCACCCUGCCUGGCGAGGAAGAGUCUCAUCGGUGGAUGUCCGGGUACUCUGACCUCUCUGACACCACAUAGACAAUUGCAUUCCCGAACAACCCUGGUUUUUCAUGGCUGCUGCCUACUCGCAGUGGUAAAUUCAUGUCGGUUUCAGGUCAACCCGUGCUCUGAACUUGGGGAGAAAUAAACAGGGAAGAGGAUUUAUUUUUGUUGAUUUUUUUUUUUUGGUAGCUUUCUGGACUAGCUGGUUUGCAAUGUGACACAACCAUGUCCCUUUGCUCCCUAGGAACCUGCCCUCAUUAAAUGAGAAUCGAUCAAAGGAA